AGAUGCUCUAUUCUUUGAACUUCCCUUAUGUUGGCAGUUGAUCUAAAAAUCGUCUGCCUUUUUUCCCACCAUGGGGGUGCAACAUUUAUUAUUAUAUUGAUUUGUCCAACUAAUAGCACUGUGUUUUCGUCUGAUUAUUUAUAAAAAUUGUUUUAAAUGGAUCUAGUUUUAAUUUUAUAAAAUAUGGUUUCCCCGUCUGUUUCAAUGACUAUUCCGAACGAUUUUGCGAGUUAUCCGCCUGUUAUGUCACUUCCUUGGGUGCAACAACCCCCAAAUCCUUAUAAAUUAUUUACCCCACAAAUAAAUCCGUAUCCUUCUUCGGACUUGAUGGUGAGUGCAAAUCGAAGGAAAAGUGCCCCGAGGAAAGGUAAACAAUGUUACAAACAUGUCCCCCAUAAAGAUAAACCUCCCCACCUUGUAGCCAGAAGAAAUGCAAGAGAAAGACGAAGAGUCCAAGCAGUGAAUAGUGCCUUUGCAAGAUUAAGGAAAUGCGUGCCUAUAGAAAAUCGGAAUAAAAGACUGUCCAAAGUAAAAACUCUCCAUAAAGCUAUAGAAUACAUUAAAGGACUGCAAAUGUUGCUUUCUGAUCAAUCUGACUCUUCUUUCAAUUAUGAUACAUCAAAUGAUGAUGUUUUUGAUUUAGAUGAAGACGUCAAAGACGAAAGAGAGGAUUCUGAAAUAGCUGAAUAUUUAGAAUCAGAUAGUGUAAAUAAAGAAAAUAAGAAUCAGAGCUGGUCAUCUUUAAGCACGGAUUGUGAAUCAAAUUAUUGGACUUACAAUGUGCCUUAUCAUGAAAUUUAUCCAGGAAGUCUUCCAAGUUAACUUAAAUUCUUGUCAUUUGAACUUUUCAUGUGAUUUCAUAUCUAUUUGUAAAAAUUCCAAUUUCAAUGGACCUUUUCAAAAAUAUUAUUUUCAGCCAAUGAAGAUACUUUUGGAAAAAAGUUAAGGAUACUGAAUUUAUUUUAGUUGAUUUUUGUUUACAGAAAAUAAACGUUAUUUAUCCUUUUUG